AUAAACUGUGACUCAGGUUAAUAGUUAUAUAGUGAAGUUUUAUUCUGCUGCGCGUCAGUAAUUAUUUCACUACGAAGAAAUCAUGUUGGUCGUAAUACUGUGCAGCCUUUUAGUCGCUGUGAAUGGCGUGCCGCAGUUUUUCCAAGGAGACUUCUUUCCCGGGUGGAAAAUGGAUAGCUUCUGGAGAGAUUUUGACAGGAAGUUCGAGGAAUUUGGCGAUCAAAUGGACCACCUUUAUGGCAAUAUCGAUACAACCGAUAGAAUAAAGGGUGAUAAGUAUGAAGUGACGAUGAUAAUGUCAGGAUUCAAUGAAGAUGAAAUAUCUGUCAAUGUGCGGCAAGGUCAGCUGGUAGUGGAGGGCCACAGUGCUGAUGGUUCGGUUAACGUGUACUCUAGCAGGAGCUUACCACCGUACGUUGGUGAAAAGGGAAGUUGGACAUAUGACAAUGAUGUGCUGAAAAUAGUUCUCCCCAUACUUAACGGUAAGAAAGCCACACCUGAGAAAGAAACACCGAAUGUGACGGGAAAGAAACAUGAAAUUUCUGCUAUAGAAGCGCCAUCGUCGAAAGCACAUGGAAGAAGAAAUUCGAACAGUCAGGUUCUUAUAAUAGAAUCUUAGAAUCCAGUGAAUGUUACAAUAAUAAUUGAAAUAUGUAUACUGUAGCUGUGAAGUAUAAAAAUAAAGUGAGCGCACAUUUAAUUGGUAAUUAUACACUUAUCGUCGCUUUAUUCGCUUUUACGUUGUUCCAACAAUAGAGGAAAACAACGUAAUCCAACAUGUUGAGGUUUAAAGAUAAUUAUACUUAUUUAUGUAUUUUAAAACGCACGACUUGAAAAUGUAAAAUAAUAUCACGAAUCCAUCAAUGUGAUGAAACUUGUUGAAUAUUUAAUAUUGCUACCUACUAUUUUUAUUAAAAAUUAUAAUGUUCCAUUUGUUGAUUA